AUGUCACCUCUCUACACCAAGUCAUGGGCCCCAGCUCACAAGGAGAUCAUCGAUAUCGGUGGAUCGACCCUCAACACUACCUUUGACACUCAGUUGCCUAGCGCCUUCAAAGGAGAGGGCUACUUCUCAAAGGAGGUUGCAUACACUACCGGCAUGCACCAUUGGUGCGAGAUUGCUGAUACCUCAUACCAAACUACGGAUGAACUUAGCAUCAUCAAGUCUACUGCUUCCGAUGUCGUCAAAGACAUGCCAGCUACCGGUGCUGUAAUCAUCGACCUUGGAGCUGCCAACUCCCGAAAGUUCGUUCCCUAUGUCGAGGCUUUCAUCCAGCAGGGCAAGCCUUGUAUCUACAUCGCUCUCGACCUCUGCAAGGAGUCUCUGACCAAACAUGUCAACAAGUCCGCCGCCGACUUCCCUCAAAUCACCUGCAUUGGCCUGUGGGGUAACUUCAUCCAGGGUGACAAGUACUUCGCUACUCUCCCCAACCCCCGAAUCUUCUUGUCGCUCGGCUCUAUCUUCUUCAAUGCACCGGACCAGAUGUGCGUUGAUCGAUGCAAUGAGUUCUCCAAGCACCUCUCUGGAUCCCCCUACUCAAAGUUGAUUGUCGGUCAGGAUGGUCCCUCCGGCACUGAGGCCUCGUCCACUCAUGCUGCCUACCAGACUAAGGCAUACGAUGCAUUCUUCAUCUCUUACCUCCAGGGUAUUCAGACCCACGCCGACAUUGACGCCAACCCUCGCAUCGCCUGGACCUACGAGUCGAAGCUUGACAACUCCAUGCACUACUUCAAGGUAGUCGCUCAGCACGACAUGGUCUGUCGCCGCUACAACGACUACUUCAUUCAGAAGGGUACGGUCUAUACCAUGUUUCCCUCUUGGAAACGUGGAGAGGCCGAGAUCCAUGCCAUCGCCAAGGCUCAGGGCCUAGACGUCAAGACUCUCGGCAAGGCUGCAAACUCUGGCAUGCGCCAGUAUCUCAUUCAGCCUCGCAUUUAG